UAGUCCUGAGGAAGGGUCUCAGCUCAAAAUGUUGACUGUUUGUUCCUCUCCAUAGAUGACGCCUAAUCUGAUGAGUUCCCCCAGCACUUUGUGUGUUAUUUUAAAUUUUCUGCCGUCUUCCUGUUUGCCAUUGUUAAUUACCCAGUUGCAUUCACCAUGAGCUCCACUUACUUGUUUAUACCGUACAUGCAUCGAAACUGAGUGAUAUCAACCUGACUCAUUUGUAGAAUUGGUGGAACUUGGACAUUUAGCAAGCUUGACUUGUCUUAUACUGAGUGGUCUGGGAAAGUAGAGCUAUCCUGCAUUUGGUGCUCUCUGGCUACGCCAAGCAGGCGGACAGGGCAAAAUCCACGCGGAAGAUUCGUUGGAGAUGGACAAAAAAGACGGAAAGGAUCUGGGUGUGUUUACGUGUUCAUUGCCUUGGAGAUUUGAAGGAUGACUUCUGUCUUGGACAAGUGGCUGUGGCACCAUGAAUACUGGCUCCCUCCAGGCAUCACAUGGAAAGAUAUGGAAGAUUCUGAACAUGCCCACUAUCCUCGACCUCGUGACCUUGUCAUUGCCUUACCAUAUGCAUUUGUGUUCAUUGUUCUUCGUUCCCUCUAUGAAAGGUGGAUUGCUGUACCCCUGAGCAAGCAAAUGGGCGUGAAGGAGAAAAUAAGACGGAAAGUCCCUCCUAAGCCUGACCUGGAGAAGGUUUAUAGAACUCAGAGCACUUGUCCCAAAGAGAGCGAUCUUCUUGUUCUUGCCAAACAGUGUGGCAUUUCACUGCGGGAAGUAAAGAUAUGGUUUCGAAGUCGAAGAAAUCAGGACAGGCCCAGCAUCACCCAGAAAUUCUGUGAGGCCAGCUGGAGGUUUGCAUUUUAUCUGCUUGCAUUUAUUGCUGGUCUUUGCGUGCUGCUUGACAAACCAUGGUUCUGGAAUCAACAGGAGUGCUGGAAAGGAUAUCCUAAGCAAGUGUUACUGCCUUCCCAGUACUGGUAUUAUAUGGCAGAACUGGCUUUCUACUGGUCUUUGCUCUUAAGAGUCUCGUUGGACGUAAAGAGGAAGGAUUUUAAGGAACAAAUCAUUCACCACAUUGCCACAAUUUUUCUUAUUGGCUUUUCUUACUGUGCAAACUACAUCCGGGUGGGAACCCUGGUAAUGCUGGUACAUGAUGCAUCUGAUUACAUAAUGGAGUGCGCAAAAAUGUUCAACUACGCAGGAUGGCGAAAGACCUGUGAUAUUCUGUUUGUGGUCUUUGCAUUGGUCUUUUUGAUAACACGACUUGUCAUCUUUCCAAACAUGGUAAUCUACACUACAUUCUACUACUCCAUGGAGAUUUUUCAGCCCUUCUUUGGUUACUACUUUUUCAAUCUUCUCCUGAUGGUUCUGCAGGUUUUGCACAUAUUUUGGGCCUAUCUCAUCCUAAAAAUGGCAGUGAAGUUUGUGUUUGUUGGAAAGAUCGAAAAGGAUGAAAGGAGUGAUGUUGAUGAAAGUGAUGGGACUGAAGAAGAUGGAAGGAUGGAACCAAAGUCUAUGUCAUCUACCAAUCACAAUGGUGUACUAAAUAAAAUAACAAAUGGGAUGAAAAGUAAAAUAAAUGAAAGGAACAGGCUGCCCAAAGCCAGGUAGCUGGGGAUAUGCAACUAAGGACAGGCCUCAUUACUAAAAAAAAAUUCUUUUUAUCAAUACCAUCAACCAACUAUUCAGAUUCAUCUUAUUAAGAAAUCUACAAUGACUUUCAAGUACAGAAAUGGUAAUUAAACACCAAUGGAGAUGUGGUUCUUGGUAUUCUCAGUCAAAUCUCACAUCUUUCAUUUCACAUGUCUUGAUGUGAAUAUGGAGUAGAUUGCUAAAUACAGAAUAGUCUUGUUUUGCCUGUCACCUUCAUGCACUUGAAGAAUUCGAGAUUGGAUUUGGGUACUGUAUUUUGUAUUGAAUACAAUAUUGACAAAAUAUAAAAUGGAUUUGGAUUCCCUGUAGAGCUUCCCUAGUUUUUCUCUACUCCAAUGUUUUGUCAUCGGUUCCCUUGUCCUUUUGAACACAAGUUGGUGUCCAUAGCCAUUGUGUUGAUUCCUUCUCGAAGUGCAAAGUAACACAAGCCACAAACCUACCAGGUUGAUGCAAGGAACAUCUUGGGAGAGUUCAGUCAGCAAUCCAGAUAACAGUAAAAACAUUUUGUUGGUGCUGAACUGUUUGUAAUAUUUAUUCUUGUAUUUUGUUUUUAAUUGAUGGCAGGACAGUCAUUUUUUUGGGAACGUGGUUAUGUUUGGUCUUCAGAUUACAAAUUCUGGGAGUAUUUUGGGCAGUUUCAAACUGGAUUUAGAGCUAAAUCCAGCUUCGGAUUUAAUGUAUCUUUUAGUCUGUGUUUUGAGUUUGCUGUGAAGCAACUUCUAUACUAGAUUAUCCAAGUACUAGAAUUUAUUUUCUCACUAGGAUGAGAUUUCUACUGCAACAUUUGAAGGGAAAAGGGAUGCACUCCAAUGUUUUAAUCCUUGCAGUGCCACCUCUAAUCCAUUCCACUGUUGGAAAUGGCUUGUAACUAUUCCAGAAUAUUUACCACUUGGAACAAUUUCCCUUUUCCAGUUCACACUGACUAUGACAUUAUUUGUACUCAUAUUUAAUUUUCCUAUAAACCUUAACCCAACACAUAGUUACUAUUGGAAUCCUGAUUUCUGUGGGUUUUAGUGUUUAAAAGUGUAGAGAUGUUAGGUUCGCAAAAUUCAAUAGAGGCAGCGACAAUAACUUCCCUUGUAGGUGAAAAGAUGCAAUUACACAAGGCUUCCAGAUAAACCGAUUCUUGGGUUUACGUUUUGAGUUAAAUGUUUAGUCUAAUCUGAGAACACAUCAAAUACAUGGCAUUUCCAGAUGUUUGUGUAUGUGAGUAUGCUCAGAGGAGUUGAUGGGCAUUAUGUAAAGAAUUCAAGCCAUAUUGACUUUAUGACCAAUUUUAUCAAAUUCUUGUACUGUCUGAAUUCUGAACGGUAGAAAACUACUUUUUACAGGAGGAGUUUUUGCAUUUGUAAACUGUAGGGUCCGGGACCAUACAAGAUGCAACAAAAAGAACUCUGAAGUAAUCCAAUGGACUUUCUUGUGUUACAUAUAAGUUGCUAAUGUACCUUUUGAACAUUAAGACUGAAUGACUUUGUUGUAUAGACGACAGUCUUAAUUACAGCGCCUAUAUGUGCCUUGCUGUGAAUGCAUAUUCUUAAUUAAGUAUCCAAGCUGAUCACAUACUGAGUGUCUGAUUCUGCUCCAUUUAAUUUAUAGUUUAAUGAAGGUUUUGGUUUUGAAAUAAUGGAAGUUCUGAAUAAAUUAAUUAUGUGUAAGUUUUGUUUGUUUUUGUGGCUUUGACAUUGAAUUUGAAUCCAGAGAUUGCCAGUUGCUAAGUAUUUACAGCAAUUGUUGCCUUAAUUGUUUAGAUUGCCAUGCAUUGUUUAGUUUACUAUUUUGCUGUGUUUUGACUGAAACUAAAUGUUUGGAAGAUGAUGAUAUCUUGGAGAUUAAUUCAUCCAAAGUGAUGAAAGGAAGAAAUGGCAUUGAUAUUUUUUGUAUGAGAAUUUUCAUGCUCAUCAAGGUCUCCACUGUGUUAUUAGUGGAAGCAAUAGUGGCAACCAAUUUUGAGCUUGGAAAAGAUUUUGUAGAUCAUACACUAGAGGAUGGUCUAUAGAGUGGACAUAAGCAUAAUUUUUAAUUUUGCAUUAGAGAGGGAAUAUGUCUCUAUUUAUCAUAACAUCCAAAAGAUGGGCAAUCCUGUA